GAAACUUCGAUGGGGCGAUUCUUCGUCCGUAGGCUGCCACCGAUCUGGCCCUUUUUACUUUGGCUGGUCGUCUUUUAUUCGGUUUGGCUCGGCAUUGUUGCCGUGGGUAAUCACUGGGGAACGCUCGCCUCACAUUGGCCGAUUGCGUUGACUAUGUCCUUGGGAUCGUAUGUCGCCGGAUCGACUCCCAUGGGCGGCGGCACCGUCGCGUUUCCAGUGUUAGUACUGCUGUUCGAGAUGCCAGGCGCACUCGGUCGAAACUUCGGCCUGGCCAUCCAAUCGAUCGGCAUGACUUCGGCCGCCAUUUACAUCUUGUCGACACAUCGUCCGGUCGAUUGGGGACUGCUUCGCCCUGCCCUGCUAGGUUCAUUGAUCGGCACACCGUUGGGAGCAGCCUUUAUUGCUCCACAUGUUCCCGAUUUGUGGGUGAAACUUAUCUUUGGCGUGAUUUGGGCCAGUUUCGGUAUCAUGCACCUGGUAAAGCUCAAGGAACUCACCACGAAUCAAGGCAUGCAUCACCGCAGCAAGUCAUUCGAUCCGGCCAUCGGUUUGACGAUUGGUAUCUUUGGCGGGAUCGCCUCUUCGAUCACCGGGGUAGGCAUCGACAUGAUGAUCUAUGCGACGUUGGUUUUGCUGUACCGAUCCGAUUUGAAGAUUGCCAUUCCAACGUCAGUUAUCUUGAUGGCGUUCACCUCCCUGGUUGGAAUUGGUACGAACGUUUUGCUAUCCCAGAUUAGCCCUAGCCAGUUUGCAAUCGCUCCAGAGGUUUACACUAACUGGUUGGCGGCCGCGCCGAUUGUCGCGUUGGGAGCACCGUUUGGCGCGUUGGUCGUCAACUUAAUCAGCCGAACCCCAACGCUAGUGGUCGUGUCGAUCUUGUGUAUCGGCCAAUUCGUUUGGACACUCAUCCACGAGUAUGUCACCGGCGUCGCGUUAUUGGGGGCGCUCGUUGGCGUAGCAGUAUUCAUCUUGCUGUUCCAAGCUUUGUAUUCCGCUGCCAAGUUCGUGGAAAGAUCAGAGACUCUAUCGGACACAGCUCGUACAGGAGAUAUGCUGGAAAGUUUUGAUGAAGCAUCAUGA